AUGUCUUCAAAUCAUCAACAGGAUGGUCUCCGCUCCUCCCGCGACUCAAACUCUUUAUUUGUUGGUCCCAAUUUUCGUGUUGGCAAAAAGAUCGGGUGCGGAAAUUUUGGUGAAAUUCGACUCGGAAGAUUGGCAAUUGUCUCAAUCAUUUUGGUUUACGUUGAAGGCAAAAAUCUCUACACCAACGAGCAUGUGGCGAUCAAACUGGAACCGAUGAAGACGCGGGCACCCCAACUGCAUUUGGAGUAUCGGUUCUAUCGCAUGUUGCAGACAGGAAAUGCCAAUGUAGUCCAGGUUCUCCGACAAAAUCCCGGCUUUGGGACCUCAGCACCACAUCCUAUCCCCUCCGUGUAG